GUUGUUGCCCCAGAUCGUUUACCAGCUUAGCACUGUGAAAUCAGUUUCAGACACAAGAGACCGACCAGCUCUCUCUAGGAAAUACUCAAUUAGGGUGGUGUCUCCGAAAUACCCAGGGGUCCUGUGACUGAUCGGCUUUUCCCAGAGGGUUUCUGCAGCUUAUAGCCCUGGUUGGACGGCACACAUCACGCUGGGAUUUUUCCUGUUGCCUGGGUAGUGACCCCCUACAGGAAGAUAACGGACAAGCCGGGAGGGCGGAGCAGCCGGCUACACAUGUCUGACUGCUCUUAUCAACUUAUCAUAUAAGGAAAGGAAAGUGAUUGAUUCGGAUUCUGACACCGCAGGAUCUGGGGGAAGAGCACGAAGCAGCCCAGCUGAUCAGCAAGGCGAAUGCAGCCCUCACCAGUGAGCAGGGCCGUCUCUCCCGCUGCAGCGUGACAGCUUACUGCGGGAACGGAGAGGAGACGGCGUCGGAAGCCGAGGCUGCCGCCAGACAAGGAGCGAAGGAGGCUUUCAUUGAUGGACCUUGAGCCGCGGCAGGGGAGCCCCGCGCGCGAGAGCGCAGCUUAGCGCCGAGUCUCAUGCGCCCUGCAGUCUGCUAGGCUGGUGGCUUAGACCGAGCGAGCGGGAGAAUGUGGCAGCUGCUCCUCUUUACUCUGAGCUGUGACCUCGCCGCAGCCGCAGCCUAUAACAGCUUUCGGAAGAGCCCGGACGGCAUAGGGAAGAGGCAGUAUCAGGUUCAGCACGGCUCCUGCAGCUACACGUUCCUGCUGCCGGAGACGGACAACUGCCGCUCUGCCUCCAGCUCCUACGUGUCCAACGCGGUGCAGAGGGACGCGCCGCUGGACUACGACGACUCGGUGCAGCGGCUGCAGGUGCUGGAGAGCAUCAUGGAGAACAACACCCAGUGGCUGAUGAAGCUUGAGAACUACAUCCAGGACAACAUGAAGAAAGAAAUGGUAGAGAUACAGCAGAACGCGGUGCAGAACCAGACUGCCGUGAUGAUAGAAAUAGGAACCAACCUACUAAACCAAACAGCAGAGCAAACCCGGAAGUUAACCGAUGUUGAAGCUCAGGUAUUAAAUCAGACCACAAGACUUGAACUCCAGCUUUUGGAACAUUCCCUGUCUACAAACAAGUUGGAAAAACAGAUUUUGGAUCAGACCAGUGAAAUAAACAAACUGCAAGAUAAGAACAGUUUCCUGGAAAAGAAAGUACUGGAUAUGGAAGAUAAGCACAUAGUUCAACUUCAGUCGAUAAAAGAAGAGAAAGAUGAGCUCCAGGUGUUGGUGUCCAAGCAAAAUUCCAUCAUUGAAGAACUAGAGAAACAACUGGUGACCGCCACGGUGAAUAAUUCAGUCCUCCAAAAGCAGCAGCACGAGCUGAUGGAGACAGUUCAUAAUUUAUUGACCAUGAUGUCGACAUCAAACUCAGCUAAGAACUCCCUGGUUGCUAAGGAAGAACAAAUCAUCUUCCGAGACUGCGCGGACGCGUUCAAAGCGGGACUGACAACCAGCGGCGUCUACGCACUCAGGUUCCCGAACUCCACCGAAGAGAAAAAGGCUUACUGUGACAUGGAGACUGGCGGAGGUGGGUGGACGAUUAUUCAGCGACGUGAAGAUGGCAGUGUCGAUUUUCAGAGGACUUGGAGAGAAUAUAAAGUGGGAUUUGGGAACCCUUCAGGCGAGCACUGGCUGGGAAACGAGUUUGUUUCACAAGUGACUAAUCAGAAACGCUACGUGCUCAAAAUACACCUGAAAGACUGGGAAGGGAACGAGGCCUACUCACUGUACGAGCACUUCUCUCUCUCAGGUGAAGACCUCAACUACAGGAUUCACCUUAAAGGACUCACGGGGACAGCCGGCAAAAUAAGCAGCAUAAGCCAACCAGGAAACGAUUUUAGCACGAAGGACGCGGACAACGACAAAUGUAUCUGCAAGUGUUCACAGAUGCUCACAGGAGGCUGGUGGUUUGAUGCGUGUGGUCCCUCCAACCUGAACGGAAUGUACUACCCGCAGAGGCAGAACACAAAUAAGUUCAACGGCAUUAAGUGGUACUACUGGAAAGGGUCGGGCUACUCGCUCAAGGCCACGGCCAUGAUGAUCCGACCAGCAGACUUCUAAAUGCCUGCACGCACCUGGGGGACGGGCUGCUGUCCUAUUUUCAAAGACUUACUCCCACAGCUCUAGAAGACACAGCUGCCUACUGCCUCGUCGUCCUCCUCAGACAGACAGCACGCUCCCAGGGCCAAGGGGACCCACGUGCUCCAAAUUAGAGCCCCGGAAACUUUGUCACUUAAACCUGCACCACUUUGCGAACCAAAGCACAACCCAAAACAAGCAACAGUCUGCUAUGGUGCCCUGGUAGAAAGCCCAUGGGGAGAUAAAUUUAAGCUGGAGAAUGAGACUGACAAUUUACAGACUCUGUUGUCACAACCAAGAAUGUCAUGUGUGAGUUCAUCAGUAAAUAACUGGAAAACAGAACACUUAUGCCAUGUAGUAGAGAUAACCUUGGAACUGCAUUCUUCUGAGCACUGUUUAUUGACUGUGUAAAUAUCCAUACGUCCCGAAUUCAGCAUCGCUAUCAUAAUUAAAAGGAAGGAAAAAAUUCUCUAAGCCAUAAAGAUAUAUAUAUUCAGGGAUUUUUGUCAGAAGUGGUUAUUAGCAGUUUAAUAUUUGGAGAAGGAAAAACAUAGUUAAUGCAUUUUUAGUCCUCCUCUUAUGUGCUUUAAAUUUUCAUUUUGAAAACAGCAUAUUUACAUAUGUGUUGUCAGCUUAGUUUUAAGUUAAUGCUCAAAUAUAUAUUUCAAGUUUCUAUGGUGAAAACUUCCAGGAUCUCUGACAUUAUUAACAGAAAUAUGUCCUUUUAGUAUAUAUGAAGAUUGUACUAUUUUUUUCUGCCUUGUUGUUAAAUAUGAAGGUAUUUUUAGUAAUUAAAUAUAACUUAUUAGGUGA